AUGAAUGCCCGAGCAGGCCUGACUUGUUCAAGACCAAUAGUUCUAGCACGACGCGACUCAAUCACCAUGAAUACAAAUCACCACCGGCAGCCUCGUAGAAAACGAGGACCACAAUUCUUAACACAUUGCUUCCUAGCCCUGGUAGUCAUGAUUGGUUUCGGCCACGGCUGCGAGCACAAUUACGAGGGACUUUUCAGCAAAUCAAGUAACCCGAUCCGCACAGCAGGGCUCAUUGAUACACAGAAAUGGAAAUGGUUCAGCCUCGAUGUCUAG